ACUCAAGUCAUUACUGUGACAACUGAUGUGGAUAUUUUGGAUAUUGACUACACUGUCCAAACUAAAAGAUUUGAUGUCAUCACUUGCUAAAUGUGUCCAGUCAGUCCUACCAAUCAGAUUUUACAUGUAAAUCAGAUUUGGUUGCAUUGUGAACAAAGCUGUAGUAGAAUAUUUUACUUUAAAGUUUAUUAGUUUUGUUCAACUAUACGUAACAAAUAGCAGACAAAUGUCACUUUUUUUUCCAAAAGCUGAUGUGAAUUAUAACUAAGUUCUAAUUAAUUAAAACUGCAACAUGGGGGAUUUAACUUUUUUAGUGAAAUUAUUUUAUGAUUAACAAUGAGAUGAACUGGUCAGAUCUGAUGUUUAGCCCUCUGACAGCCUGUGUUAAUAAUUAGAAAAACAAAGCCACACUGCAAAGGUCAUUGAUUCCAUUCAUGCAUGGAGAACAACCCCUAGCGAUUCAUUUUUAUAAGCUUGCGAAGACUUUAAAAUAUCACUGUGUCAACAUGCCACACAGGACAAACACAUCCUAAUCUGAGGGCAGAAGAGUCUUUCUAAACAGACCUUUGAUCAGCUUCAAGACUGCCUGAAGCAUGAAAGUACAUUAGCUAUGUUUGUCGUAGCUUAAAUGAACCCACUCCCAAUUUGCAUGCUAAUGAGUCAUACAAAUGUUAUUAAAGCCCAAUUUUUAGCAACAUGAUUCGUAUCAGAGGUGCGAGGACUAAUGCACAGGCAUGAUGGUUUGCUCAUCAGGACACGUGGGCCGUCAUAUUGACCUCACAAAGUGUUCUGUUAAUAAUUUUAGAGAUGUAACUGCUGUCAAUACAGGCUUCAGCAUGGCUAUGUGUACAUCUUUUAAUGAUCAUCUCUAACCCGUUCAACUAUGUCUUAUACAUUUGCCUUAAAUAAUAAACUUGGCCUUAAACAAGAAGAGAAUUCUAGUUCCACACACUUAUAAAGUUGAAGCGUGUAACUUUUUUAGUGUUAAAAUGCUUUCUCCUGUCCCAGCUUAAUAUGCAGAGACAACUAUAAGCCAUUUGAAGGUUAAUUUUCAGAAAAACAGUAAACACUGUCUCUGAAAUUGCUCUGUUUGGUUUAAGCAGCCUAUCCAGCCAGACGCAACAACAUUGGCUCAGCCGAUGGUGUGAGUUGUGGGCGGCACUAAAAGGGGUGUAUUCGAAAAGCUGUUUGAAAACCAUGUUUUUAUUUUUGCAAUUCCGUUCUGUGGCACUAGUGGCUCAUAAACUUCCGCUUUAAAAAGCUGGGUUUGUUGUAUUUCCAUGCUUGCCACCUUUUUAAUUUUUACUCAAAAUUCUGAUGCUAGUUAUAAGCACAACAAAAUUGCUAGAUUGUUAGAUUAUCUGAAGAAAAUGUGAGUGGAGCUUGUUCGAACAAAAUGCGGUAAUGGUUAUGCAGCUGCUUCAAAGUUGGUUUUCACCUGUUUUAAAUCCAAUCAUUUUUACAAGUAAUAGUACACAUCUCUUCAAAAAGCCAUAAUGUUUGGUUGAAGAUUAAUUCACUACAUAGUUAUGAAAAAGUUUAAAUUCUUUUUUGGCAUUCAACAUUUCAACCAAUAAAAAUCUGAAUAUCAAAAGGAUUCAUGGAAACUUUUGCUGCACAGACUUCCAAAAAGUGUGUGUAUUUGUGAUCAUAUCAUUGUGAGCAAGCAAAAAACUUAUGAUUGUAAUAGAUGGAAUGUGUUUUAUGAUGAUGACAGAGUGUUUGGCUAUGGUACCCUAUGGAAGAACACAGCAGGAGGUCGUGAAAAGGCUCAGCAGUGUUUGCACAUUGCAGAUUAAUGCCUCCCUACCGCUGUCAGACCCGUCCACGGCCCACUGAGCAGUCGCUUGUAGCAGCUUUAAAAGCCUGAAGCUUAAUGUUUCACCUCUAAGCCGGAUUCAAACAAUGCAUAGAGACCUCACCCCCUGAUGGGGCAUAUAACUAAUAUCAUCUCACUAAUGAUGCUUACACUAGCUAUGUGCCAGAGUUAAGUCUAUGCACUGACAAAUGUCUGUGUGUUGAGGCAGUUUCCAGAACUGGAAUGUGAAUUUGGACUAGUUGAUUUACAGAAGCUAAAAUGCUUUUAAGGGUUGGAAUGAGCUUAUUUUUUUGGCAGGAAACCAACUGAAAGUGAGUGUUAUUUUUCUUAUUUAUAAAAAGUAGCAGGCUUUUUUAGUAUAUUAUGCAGACAGCAUCAAGUUAUGGUGAUCUGUAUUACUGUUACUCAUAGUUCUUUGUUUACUUAUUUUAUGAUAUUAAUGACCCAUUACAAAUUAUUGCACAGGAAAUGUGGUUUUCAGUUCGGUGUGGGGUUCUAGGACACAACCCACCAAUCAGCAGUGGAGAACUUUGUUGUCUUUGAUUUUGACUGGUCUGUUAGUGUGGUCAUGGUAAUGUACUGUGGAUUGUUCUCAGUAUGUGGACGUGGUCAGCACUUCCUCCGAGCAGUCCUGUUGAAAUUUGGCAUGCCCAUGGGUAAAUAAGAGUCAGGGUGGGCUUUUCUGGCAAAGGUCUUGCCAUGGAUGGGAUUGGAGACUGGCCCUCCAACAAAAUCAGAAAACGAAGAAACCAGUCUCCCUUUCGUGAUGUUUCACCUGUACCUUCACAUUUCUCAGAACCGGUCUCAUUCUUACAACACCGGGAUGUAAUUGCUAGCCUUCCUCGCCUCCCUGGUGUAAAGGGGGCACUAAGGGAUGAAGAUGAUGAUGACACUCGGAGUCACAAGAGCCUGCCAGUGGUGAUGACUGCAUUAACCCUCCAACCUAGACACAACAGGUCACACAGAGUUUCUGAGAAUCAAGUCAUUUCCAGACUCCCUCCUCUUAUAAGCUCCAGGUGCAGUUUGAUUGUGAAAGGCACUGGGUGCAAAACUGACUUCAAACUCCCACCGAUCACCAAAUUCAGGAAUACUUGGAAUGAAAUGGAACCCCUGAGACCACCUUGUAGGGCUGGAUACAGGCCGGAUAAAAUGGAAACCGAUUCAGCUAAACCUGUUCAUGCAUUCAUCCAUCCGAAAAUUGUACCUGUCGGCCAGACGGCUCUGUCUGUCAAGGUGCACAGUGUACAAGGAAACGGGCCCUACUUGUCCCCUUCCAAAGACUCUGGAGUGUCCAGGGGAUCUCGCAUCACUUUCCAGAGUCCUGUAGUGCAGGCAGUGUACCCCAUCAGUCCUGACACUGUGCAACAGAUGAGGCAGACUGACAUAGCAUGCCAGUCCCUGAGGUCUGUACUGAAAAAAGCACAGGCACCAUAUGGAGGAGUAUUUAACUGCACACUGGUGCCCCACUUGCUAGAGCCAUUUUCUGGUUUCCAGGAGCAUCUGUGCCGCCAGAUCCUUCACUCUCCCCUACCUUAUUGCGCAGCUCUGCCGCAGGUCCAUAUACCUUGCCAACAGGACCAGGUGGAUUUGGUGCCUGCCCGCAGGGGCCCAUAUGGCUCCCUGAUGGAACGCACUGUGGAGCUCUGUAACUCCCAAGGAAAGAAGCUUCCCAGGAUCACCAUGACCCGCCCAACACCUUCUCCAAAAUACCUCUGUCGCACUGAGACAAGGCAUGCAGCUUGACAGACAAAACAAGCAUUGCAGCAUUACUGAGUACUGCCUAUUUAAAGGGAUAGUAUACAUGAAAGUUCUGUCAUUCUUUACUCACCCUCAUGUCAUUCCAAACCUGUACAAUUGUCUUUCUUAAGUAGAAUACAAAAGAUGUUUAGCAGAAUGUUGCCGCUGCUCUUUUCCAUUCUUUGAAAGUGAAUGAUGAUCAGGGCCUCUCAAAGCUCCAAAAAUGAAAAAAAAAAAAAAAAAAAAAAAACACCAUUAAAGUGGUACAUGCGAGUCUUCUGAAGCCAUAUGACAGCUUUGUGUGUGAGUAGGACUUCAUAAAGAUUGUUAGAAAAUUGUUAUUCAUGUUAUUAAAUUUCAGCAAGUAAUUCACUGAUAUUCUUUUUCCACCACUGCAGCUAUUAAAUCUCAUCAAUGCGAAGCAACAUUGGUUCUCAUGUACAUAUUCCAAUAUAAGCAUAUUCAAAUUGCACAAAUGAGAAUUGACAACUACCGUAGAUUGGAAGAUUUUAAGUGAAUUACUUAAAUGUCGGUAUGUUCCUCACACAAAGCUAUCAUGGCUUCAGAAGAAUUGGAAUGUAGUGCACAAGUCAUGUCGACUAUUGUUUUGGUACUUUUAUUUUUUUUUAGCUUGAUGGUCCAAAAGAGCUUGGAAUAGGGCAGCAUGGACAUCCUGCCUAACAUCUGAUUUAUGUUCCACAGAAGAAAGAAAAUCUAAGGGUUUGGAACGAUAUGAGGUUAAGUAAACGAUGACAUAAUUUUCAUUGUUGGGUGAACUAGUGCCAGUGCAAUUCAAAGUGAAUAUUGCAAUGCAUACAAAUGAGUAAAGAGAUAAGAUCACCAAAUUCAAUUCAUUUUUUUCAUGUUAAGAGACUAUAUAGCCAAAACCGACACAUAUGUGAAGUCACUUGGCACUGUUCCUGAUUACCCAGCAAUUAUUGAACAGGAGUAAAUAUCACUUCUGUGCAGUUCUCUGUUUAGUCAAAUCAUUGUUAAAUCAUGUGUCAUCUUUCAUCUGGUUGCCAUGGAAAACUUAAGGAUCAUUAAGGCAAGCUAUGUCAGAACUAGAUCCGGGGGCUGCACUAUUCCACAGGAACUAACUGAGAGGUACAGGAAGUGCCUAAGAGGAGCUUUAUAAAGUCAUGCUAUAUAUUUUCUGGGAUGUUAAGACCCUUGGGGUACAAAUCCUUUUGUCUGUCUUACUAAAGAAUGGAAUAAUUUUUCUUUGCCUCACUCUUCAUGGCUUUCUUUUCUUUUUCUAAGUAAAAUCAACACAAUUUGCAGAGUACAGCAUAAUCUAAAAGUAAUAUACAGUAUGUACUUUAAUAAUAUGCAUCAGAGCUAUUGCUAUUGACAAUAUACUGUUAAGCUGCCAUGUGUCAUUUAAGACAGUUCUUACCAGAACUACAUAAUUGUUUAUUUCAUGAUGAUUAAACAGAACGUGGGAACUUCAUUUGUUCACAUUAAUGUUAUUAAUGAAACAAUGGUCCAAUGACCAGCUUCAGUUUUUGACUUUGCACUGUGUUAUGCUGCAGAA